AUAAAAAGACUGAAAGAAGGUGAAUCGUGAUAAUAUACGAUUCUGUGAUAUGAGAACGAAGAUUCUACGUGAAAGGAUUUCGUGUUUUUGUUUGAUUUUAGAAGGAAGAUAUGCUGUUUAUCUGAAUUAUAUACGUUUCGAAUUGAAUAGAGAGUAAAAAGUCGAAGUUCAUUGUUUAUGGUUUUAUAAAAAAAUACUUUACAUGGUUUGAGUAUAAUGUGUAUUUCAAUAAACUGAAAGCAUCACCGACAUGGCUGCUAGUAGAAAACUCCAGGGUGAAAUAGAUAGGUGUCUCAAGAAGGUAACUGAAGGAGUAGAAACUUUCGAAGAUAUUUGGCAAAAAGUCCAUAAUGCAACAAAUAGCAACCAAAAGGAGAAAUAUGAGGCUGACCUCAAGAAGGAGAUUAAAAAACUUCAAAGACUGCGAGACCAAAUUAAGAGUUGGAUUCAAUCAGGUGAAGUCAAGGAUAAAUCAGUUUUAAUGGAUAACAGAAAACUUAUAGAAACCCAAAUGGAAAGGUUCAAAGUUGUAGAACGAGAGACAAAAACUAAAGCAUACUCAAAAGAGGGAUUAGGAGCUGCCCAAAAACUAGAUCCUGCACAAAAAGAAAGAGAUGAAAUCCAACAUUGGUUAGUGAAUUCUAUAGAGCAAUUGAAUAUUCAAUCAGACGCCUUUGAAUGUGAAAUAGAAUCUUUACAAGCAAAUAAAAAAAAGAAACUGGAUAAAGAUAAGCAAGAAAGGGUUGACGAGUAUAAAGCAAGAUUAGAAAAACAUCGGUUUCAUAUAAAAAAGUUGGAAACUCUUUUGAGAAUGUUAGACAAUAUGUCGGUAGAAGUAUCACAAAUAAAAACUAUAAAAGAUAAUGUUGAAUAUUAUGUUGAGUCAUCUCAGGAGCCUGAUUUUGAAGAUAAUGAAUUCAUUUAUGAUGAUAUUAUUGGAAUUGAUGAUGUUGAAAUUGCUGGUACAGGAAUUCCUUCUUCAGUAACUACAGAUAGUAAUGAAACUGCUGGAUCUCCUACUUCCAUGAUAUCGGGUUCAUCUCCUAUUCCAUCACCAUCUCCUAGUGGUAGUCAGCCAUAUAUUCAUUCUAGUGAUAGUUCUAAUGAAUCUGAGAAGAAAGCUAAUGAGGAGGUUCCUAAACCAAUCAAACCAACUCCUGUUAGGCUUACUUCCACGAUGAUGAUGAACUGUAGUACAAAUUCUUUGCUAAGUACAAGUUGCAGUAGUGUUUCAUCUAUGACUCCAAUUAGUAAUAAUACUAAACCAGUGUUGAUAAGCAGCACACCAAGUAAAUCAUCUAUAGUAAGAGAAGCAUCUCCAGUGCCACCAUUGUCAACAUCUGGUAACUUCGCAACUGUAACGGCAAAUAACGUUCCAAUAAAAUCCAGCCAAAGUGUUAGUGAAAACGUACUAACGAAUGUAGGAAUGGUAAAUAACUCAAAUCAAGUUUCUGCUCAAAAUUUGUCUUCAUCUGUCAAUAGUCCAAUCCAAAAUAUGAAUACUUCUCAAAAUCAAGUUGAUGGUAUGUCUUCACUAAAAACUAUGGCCCAACAGGUAAUUGAUAGGGUAGGUUUAGAAGCUAACCUGUCAUUAGAACAGAGUAAAAAUCAUAGCCAAGGACAAAAAUCUGAAGCACACAUUCCUCCAUUACUUGGUGUUGCACCUUUAGGGGCCGUACCUCUUCAGAAGGAACAUCAGUCACAAUUUCAGUAUAUGGAAUCAGCAUUCUAUCAUAUGCCACAUCCUUCAGAUUCUGAAAGAAUACGACCUUAUGUUCAAAGGACGCCAUAUCCAACUCAGACUUACUAUAUUCAGGCUCCCUUACCUUUGUCUGAUACACUGGAAUUUUAUCAAAGACUAGCUACUGAAACCCUUUUUUUUGUGUUUUAUUACAUGGAAGGCACUAAGGCACAAUAUCUUGCAGCCAAAGCUUUAAAAAAACAAAGUUGGAGGUUCCAUACGAAAUAUAUGAUGUGGUUUCAGAGACAUGAAGAACCUAAAGUGAUAAACGAAGAAUAUGAACAAGGGACAUAUAUAUAUUUUGAUUAUGAAAAAUGGGGACAACGAAAAAAAGAAGGCUUUACGUUUGAAUAUAAGUACUUAGAAGAUAGAGACUUGAAUUGAUGAAAUUUUCUCAAAGGAUAGAAUAGAGAAUUAUGUUUGUUUUAUGGACACAGAGUUUGUUUCAUUUAUUUCCACUACCUCUACUGUAUACUGUAUAUAAUUAGAAAUACACUGCUUUUUUGGUAAAA